UCUACAUUUAGCACCAUUGUUUUCCAAUAUUCUCUGCUUCUUCUCUCUUUGUCUUUCUAUUUCCAUAAACUUCCUCUCGAUUGUUUUUUCGAAGAGAGGGAGUUUUUUUUAAGGAAGUAGCGAAGAAAGAAGAGAUAAAGAAGAAAAAUGGCUGUUUCUAACAUUUCAUUUGGAGUUUUAGCUGCCAUUGUUGUCAUGAUCUGUGCCAUCUUUAUGCCUUUGGCUCAUGGCCAAUCCUCAGCUCCUGCUCCAUCACCCACAAGCGAUGGCACUGCAAUAGAUCAAGGAAUAGCUUGUAUUCUGAUGCUUGCGGCAUUGGUGCUCACAUACCUUAUUCACUGAUUCAAAGACCAGAGGCUCAUGAUUUUGGAUGUUGUGUUGCUUUGAAGAAGUAGUGUGUUGUCUCAUUUUAUUACAGCAAAUUUAGGGGUGGAAAAUGUGACAAAUUUAGCCAUGGUAAUGAAUAUUCACACAAUAAUAAGUUUCGAUCAUUUAUUAUUA